AUGCCAUCAUUCCUGGAAGUAGCAACUAACUUUAGUUAUGAAAGUGCCAAAGAGUACACGAGAAGCGUGGAACGACCCACAUUCUACAUUUCCAUGGCGUACGUCGUUGUCAUAUUCAGCACUAAAGCAAUUAUGACGAAUUUCAAGCCAUUCCAACUGACCUCCGCUUUGAACUUCUGGAAUGCUUGGUUGGCCAUUUUCAGUACAAUUGGAAGUAUUAUCACAGGAUAUGGUUUAUUCUACGAAAUCUACUACAGAGGAUUAGUAUCUUCCUAUACUCAUUGUGGCGAUUACUUCGAUGGUUAUAGUGGACUGCUGACAUUCCUGUUCGUGAUGAGCAAAGUACUCGAAUUUGGGGAUACAAUACUCUUGGUACUACGAAAGAAACCACUCAUUUUCUUGCAUUGGUAUCACCAUGUUUUGACUAUGAACUAUGCCAUUAUGUCGUACUCGCACGAUAUCGCUUACAACAGCUGGAUCACUUGGAUGAAUUUUACGGUUCACUCAAUUAUGUAUGGAUAUUAUAUGCUGCGCUCGAUGGGUGUGAGAGUUCCUGCUUGGGUGGCCAAGAACAUCACAACAAUGCAGAUCCUACAGUUCGUAAUCACACAUGUGAUACUCUUCCAUGUUGGAUACCUCGUCAGUCAAGGAGUAAAAGUGGACAGCACACCAACAGUCUUCUGGUGCUGUCUCGCUAUGGAAUUUUCUUAUGUGGUCUUGUUUGGAAACUUCUACUUCCAAUCUUACAUCAAGGGAGGAGGCAAAAAGUUCAUUCAAGAAAAAACCAAGAAGCAGUAG